GCAGGCUCGCUCGAGCUCGGCUCAUUGUCAGCCCUCCCGGUCAGGGCAGCCGCUCAGGGCCUCAGCUUCAUCUCCUCCCUCUUCCCUCUGUUUCUUAAACCUUUCCCAGUUUCCCUUCUCUCGGACUCUCUCCUCGCUUGCUCUUCCUUCCCUGGCGGCGACGACUGGGCGAGCGGCGGCGCCAUUUGUCCUGUAUUCGCCCAGCCCUUUGCCGGCGACGAGCGCAUCCUCCAGGCAGGUAAUAGGAGGAGAACACAUGGUGGAUCAGGGAAGAACAGCUCUUCCAGCAGAGGAUGGGGUUGGCAGUACAGAUGAGAUGGGCGGCAACGGGUGGCAGAGGAAAGGGUAGCAGUCAAAGAGAUCAAUUCCUACUUCUCUGGUGAUGCCUGCAUUUCGGAUCAAGACUGAAGGAUAGAGGAAUACACAUGAGUUGAGGUUGAGGGUAAACAGAGGAACUUAUUCAUAGGAAUUGGAUGAUCAGAUUACUUCAUUAUGCUUAAAGUUUAUUAAGCAAUAUACUGCAACUGAUAGAUGACUCCAAAAUGGAAUGAAUGCUCUUCAAAUAGCUACAGAGAACUAUCUUCACAUGUAAUUGGAGAAUCCAAAUCACCCUUAACAGAAACAGUCCUUUCACCCACAAGCUGUUUUGAUUUACCAACUGCCAACAGAAUGUGCUCCCUAUCUCCACAGAAGAAGGAUGGCAAUGUUUAUAAAAGGCGGAAGAUGGAUAAGGAUUCAAAUUCUCUUGCGACAAAUGAAGAGUCUAAAGAAACGAUGCAAAGUUGCACAACUUCUGAUGAGCAGUCGUCAUUAGUGCUACCUGCAGUCUCCUCAGAAGCAAUGCCUUCCAAUUCAACAGCCAACAUGAUAGGUCGUAUCCUAGAUUGUGAAGGGCCUACAGGGGUUUCAUUGGAGCGAAAUUCUGGUACUAAUGUUUCAAAUAUGUCACCAUCUUCCAUGAUUCUAUACAAAAAGGAUGCUCCUGAAUGUUCAUCAUCAAAUAUCAGCCCUACUGAACCAAUUACUGAGCAUAUGUCACCAAGGGAUCUUUGCAUCGCCAUACUGAAAAAAGAUGGACUCAUAACUGAAUCAAGAGCAAGAAUUAAAGAUGAAUUCACUGACAAUGAUGCCAACCCAUUGUUGACAUGCAAUACUUGUGGCUGCUUGGAUCGUUCAUUAAAGAUGCUAAUAUGUGAUUCUUGUGAAGUAGCAUUUCAUUUGCCUUGUUGCAUCCCUUGUAUUAAGGAGCCACCAACUGACGAAUGGUACUGUGCGCCAUGCUUGUGUAAGAAACCUAAGAGUCUUUAUGGCAAACUCUUGGAGGGCAAGGUCAAGCCUUCCAGGAAUACUAACCAAAGGCCUCAUGGCAUGAGUCAUAUAGAGUACAUGCUUAAGGAUGCUGAACCAUAUGUUACUGGGGUUCGAAUUGGUAGAGAUUUUCAAGCAGAAGUGCUAGAAUGGUCUGGUCCAACCUCCAGCAGUGAUGGUUAUUUUGACGAGCCCUCUGAAUUUGACCCUGCUGAACUAACUAAUUUUAAUUUGCGCAAAACAAGUAAUCAAAGUCAAUCUUCCAUUGGUAAUUGGAUACAAUGCCGUGAGACCUUAAACCCAGGAGACUCUGACAAACAAGUUGUCUGUGGCAAAUGGAGAAGGGCACCCCUAUAUGUUGUACAGACAGAUGAUUGGGAGUGUUUUUCUUGUCUUCUUUGGGAUCCUGCACAUGCUGAUUGUGCUGUUCCGCAGGACAUUGGCUCCCUCAGUUUCAGGUGCAGCUGCAGCCUCUGCCGUCGACAUCCUACAUUCAGAUUUCAGGAACUUAAUCUAUGGUGCAUAUAUACUCAGGAACAGAGGAACCAAGUGUUAUCAAGUUCAGUCGUACAGAUCCAAGAGUUAAACAGAGGACAGGAGCAGAGGAGAGGAGCAGAGGGAGGGAACAGAGGAGACGAGCAGGGGAGGACUGACCUUUGGCCUGGCCGGAGAGUGGACUGGCCGGCGGGAGCAGAUACACCCGGCGGGAAGGGGAGUGCCCGGCAGGGAGGGGAUGGAAGUGCCCGACGGGGAGGGGAGACCGGCGGGGAGGAGCUGCGCUCGGUGGGGAGGAGCUGCGGCCGUUGGGAGCAGCUGCGUCUGCGAGGCAGGGUGUCAGCAGCCGUGCGCGGCCUCCUUUUCCUCCCUCUCCCUCUAAUCUUUCCCGUGCGCGGCCUCCUUUUCCCGCGCCCCAAGCCAUCUGUGCUUGCGCACUUCCGUGGGGCCGGAAAUUUUCGCGCGGACUCGCCCGCGCAUCCGCUUCAGCGCCACCUAGGCCUCUUCGGCGCCGCUGAGGUGCCUCCUUUCGCCACCUAGGCUCCGCGCCCGCCUUGGGGUGCACCUACCCCCAUAGGCCAGGCGGGACCCCCUCGCCUAGCGAUUAGGCACGCCAAGGCGGCCGCCUAAUUCCGCCUUUUUGAACAUUGGGUGUGCGUGUGUUUGGGCGUGUUAUACUUUUUGCGUUCUUAAUGUAGUGGCAGCUCUCCUGUGUAUUCAAGAAGAAAAAAGAAUCUUUAGUUGCUCAAAUUUUUAGUCACCACUUUUGAACCAAGAUAAAUUUCUUUGUCAAUUCUGCAUUUAUGUUAUUCGAAGGCGUAUCAGUGAAAUCAGUUACACAAAGAGGUCCACAUAUUAAAUGUUAAAAAUGCAUAAAUAUUUGAAUGACUGAUUUAUGAUAUUGCAUACUGUUGUUCAACCCAUGCAUGUUAAUUCUACGCUUGUGUAGUGUACUGUUAAGCUAACCAUGUUAAUAGGGUACUCUAUUUCUUUAACAAAGGAUGAUCUACCAGACUAGCUGCCUUACUCCUAAAUAUGGCUGAAAUAUGUUGGACAUGUAGAGCAAAAGAAACUACAGCCAGAACUGAUUUUGUUACCACUUCAUAAGCAUUUAACCAUGGAUACAUUUCCAUUGAAUAACGGAUCCAUUGGAUAUACUUUUGUAAUUACCUGAGCAUAUGUGCAUGAUUUUACCUACAAUUUAUUCAUCUUUCUGUCAUUGGAUUACUUUUUUUCCUUAAGUAGAUAUCCGGAAUUUUAGACUUUUUGAGCAAUUCUCUCUCUUGUUGGGAUCGAGUGAAACUAGUAAGAGGGCUGUCUUUAGUGAGUAUUCUCCGUCCACCAGUACAUUGAGAUCUUUUCUUUUUAUGUACCAUCAGAAAUGCUUGAUAAUUGGUAGUGUGCCCUAGUGCCUACUGCCUAGUGGUUGUAGUUGUCCGACUCUGACAGGUACCUCAGAAUCAUGUUGGUAUCUUACCCUCCAUUGGUAUAAGAAACCUCUUGUUGGUCUAUUGUUACUUGUCAACAUUUUUCAUCAAUGUUAUUUAUUUUCUAAAGUUUAUAUUC